CCGCCUCCCCUUGGCGAACGGGUGCGCGUCGCGCCACGCCGUAACUGCUGCCACCACACCCCGUAGCGGCGGCGAGCGCUCACUGCUCGGCAGCCAAACCCAAGCGCGCAGCUUCUUCCGCCUUUCGCCAGGUCUGCGGGUGCGCUCUUGCCGGACCCUUCCCUCGCCGCGAACGUUGCUGCGCUUGGCGCUCCGCGGCGCGCCAUGGAGCUGCUGGUACGGGCGGCGGCCGCCGCCGCCGCGUCCUCCUCCCCGCACCCAUCGCGCCAGCUCCCCCGCCGCGCCUGCGUCUCUGGCCCCUGCCGCCCCCGUCCCCGCCGCCCCGGGUUCCCUUCGCUCCGCGCAGCUGCGGCGGCGGCGACCGCCGUGGAGCCGGAAACAAAAGAACAGCAGAAUGACACUUCAGAAACCGAGGUGUUCGCGUGCCCAGUUUGCUACGAACCAUUGAUACGAAAAGGGCCACCAGGCAUAAACUUGCCAGCAAUUUAUAGGUCAGGAUUCAAGUGUUCAAAGUGCAACAAAUCAUUUACCAGCAAAGACAUCUUCUUGGACCUCACUGUAACUUCAGGGACAAAAGAAUAUACCGAACAGAAGCCUGCUAGAACCGAGCUGUUCAGGAGUCCACUUGUCUCAUUUCUUUAUGAGAGAGGGUGGCGUCAAAACUUCAAUCGGAGUGGCUUCCCUGGUCUUGAUGAAGAGUUUCAUAUGGCUCAAGACUAUUUCCAACCUGUUGCUGGUGGUAUCCUUCUUGAUGUCAGCUGCGGAAGUGGCUUGUUUACUAGGAAAUUUGCAAAAUCUGGGACAUACACAGCUGUGAUUGCUUUAGACUUCUCUGAGAAUAUGCUCCGACAAUGUUAUGAAUUCAUUAAGCAAGAGGAUACUCUCCUUAAUGCGAAUCUGGCACUUGUGAGGGCAGAUAUUUCAAGGCUCCCUUUCGCUUCUUGUUCAGUAGAUGCCAUUCAUGCUGGAGCUGCUAUCCAUUGUUGGCCCUCACCCUCUAAUGCGGUAGCUGAAAUAAGCCGUGUCCUGAGACCUGGUGGUGUGUUUGUGGGCACAACUUUCUUAUCCUCUCCCAGGAACAACCCAUUCUCUGUUGAAGCAUUAAGGCCACUGAGAAUGAUUGUUGGACCAGUUAACACCAGCUACAAUUACUUCACCGAAGGAGAGCUAGAGGACUUGUGCAAAUCGUGUGGCCUUGUUAACUACACCAGUAAGGUUCAGAGGUCAUUCAUCAUGUUCUCCGGUCAAAAACCAUACUGAAGAAAUCUCUCCAACCUUUACUAUUUCUUUAGGGUUAUUCCUUGUAAAAUGCAAUUACUUGAAUUCCAAACAUUUACAUCUCAAAUAGAGAAUAAUGUGCCUAGGGUUCCUUAUUUUUUGUAUAGAUGCAUGUUCCUGAAUGUAUUCAAAACAAAGAUGUAUGAAAAUGCAUUUUGCGGAUUCUUGAAAGAAACACUACCACUCUA